AGUGGAGGAGGCAUCAGCAUCUCCCUGCACUCUCCAGCCUUCACUCCUCCUCUCCUCUCCUCAAUCAUCGACGAGUUUUAAGCCCCACGACUCGAAAACCUCCUUUGGUCCUCAACGAAACGAAAUAAUGAAGAUGAUGCGGCAGUUGGUGUUUGCAGCUCUGAUCGGAGCCUCCCUGGCCAUCAACCUUAACUACCUGACACCCACCAACGGCUUCAACGGAAACGGCGCCAAUGGUAAUGGAUACAACGGGAAUGGCGUCAACGGCAAUGGCUUUAACGGAAACGGCCGCAACGGUAAUGGGUACAAUGGCAAUGGCGUCAAUGGCAACGGUUACAACGGCAAUGGAGUUAACGGGAAUGGCGUGAGGAACGGCUACAACGGGAAUGGAGCCAAUGGGAACGGCUUCAACGGAAAUGGAGUCAACGGGAACGGCUACAACGGUAAUGGAGCCAACGGGAACGGCUUCAACGGGAACGGAGUCAACGGGAACGGCUACAACGGCAAUGGAGUGAACGGCAACGGCUUCACCAACGGAGUCAACGGUAACGGAUAUGGCAACGGUAACGGUUUCAACGGCGCUGUUAACGGGUACGGCGUGGACCCCAUCACCGCCCUCAGCAGUGCCAUUGGCGGCGGCGGCGUGGCUGGCGUCGACUACCCCAUCCUUGCCUCCGUUCCCUUCACUGGCUUCUCCUGCGCUGGUCAGAUCCCCGGUUACUACGCCGACACUGCCCCUGAAGCUGGCUGCCAGGUGUUCCAUAUCUGCCAAGCUGACGGCCGCCAAGACUCCUUCCUCUGCCCCAACGGCACCGUGUUCAACCAGCAGUACUUCGUGUGUGACUGGUGGUACAACUUCGACUGCUCCACCGCCGCCCAGUUCUACGGCCUCAACGCCAACAUCGGAGUCGUCAACGGCGCCAACGGAUACGGCAGCAGCAACGUGGUCAACGGUAUCAUCAAUGGCAACGGAAUUUAUACUAAUGGUGCUAACGGCAACGGUGCUGUCAACGGCAACGGCAACGGUUACACCAAUGGCAACGGUGCUGUCAACGGCAACGGCAACGGUUACACCAAUGGCAACGGUGCUGUCAACGGCAACGGCAACGGUUACACCAACGGCAACGGUUACACCAAUGGCAACGGUGCUGUCAACGGCAACGGCAAUGGUUACACCAACGGUAACGGCGCUGUGAAUGGCAACGGAGCUGUCAACGGCAACGGCAACGGCAACGGCAAUGGCAACGGCAACGGCGCUGUGAACGGCAACGGGAACGGUUACACCAAUGGCAACGGCGCUGUCAACGGCAACGGCAAUGGUUACACCAACGGCAACGGUGCUGUUAACGGCAAUGGUUACACCAAUGGCAACGGCGCUGUCAACGGCAACGGCAAUGGUUACACCAACGGCAACGGUGCUGUUAACGGCAAUGGUUACACCAAUGGCAACGGUUAUUCCAACGGCGCUGUCAACGGCAAUGGCAACGGUUAUUCCAACGGCAACGGCGCUGUCAACGGCAACGGCAAUGGUUACACCAACGGUAACGGCGCUGUCAACGGCAACGGCAACGGUUAUUCCAACGGCAACGGCGUCAACGGCAACGGUUACACCAACGGCGCUGUCAACGGCAACGGCAAUGGUUACACCAACGGUAACGGCGCUGUCAACGGCAAUGGCAACGGUUACUCCAACGGCCGCGUCAACGGCAACGGCAACGGUUACUCCAACGGACGCGUUAACGGAAAUGGUGCUGUCAACGGUAAUGGUUAUUCUAACGGUCGUGUAAAUGGCAACGGUUACUCCAACGGUCGAAUCAACGGAAACGGCCGUGUCAACGGCAACGGUGCUGCCAAUGGCAAUGGUUACACCAAUGGAGUCAACGGUAAUGGAGUCAAUGGCAACGGAUACACGAACGGAGUGAAUGGCAAUGGAGCUGUUAAUGGCAACGGUUACACCAACGGCGUCAACGGUAACGGAGUUAAUGGCAACGGUUACACCAACGGCGUCAACGGUAAUGGAGUUAAUGGCAACGGUUACACCAACGGCGUCAACGGUAACGGAGUUAAUGGCAACGGUUACACCAACGGCGUCAACGGUAAUGGAGUUAAUGGCAACGGUUACACCAACGGCGCUAACGGUAAUGGCGCUGUCAACGGUAAUGGUGCUGCGAACGGCAACGGCAACGGAUACUCGUACCAGCCCCCCAGCGUUCCCGCCAACCUGUACCAAACCCCACGAGGCUGAGGCGACGCCCGCCCCCUGACGCCCACCUUGGCGCCCAAUCCCACCCUGAUGGCGACCACCCAACCACACAGCCACACACACCCACACACAUCUCACCCACCUCACACACACCUGAGCCUCACACGCUGAGGGGACGCAGUGCAGCGGUAACGAUGCAAACAAACGAUGAAGAAAAUUGUUGAAUAAAAAAAAAGGAAAAAAAAGGAAAACGAUAAACAAAAACAAAAAAAAAAUAAUAAAAAAAACAAACCAGGAAUAUUCAAAGACUAGGGAAGCGACCAUGCACUGUUCUGCCUCUCGCUGCAGGUUCCCACAGGUGUUGCCAAAUUCGCAUAUAACUAUUCACUAAUAAUAAGCAAAUGUUCUGUAUUCUUCAUAUAUUAUAAGGAAACCCACACAAGAUUCACUCUCAGAAAAGAAGUAAGAUAUAAAUAUUCAUCAUUUGAGUUUCCCGUCUUGUUUAUCUGCUAAAAUUAACUACCAGUAUCAAAAGAACUAGAUGAAAUAAUUCUAGAGCCUGAAAUUUUCCCGCUUUCUCUAUAUUGUCUAAUUGAUUACCUGUACAUUUGGCUGCCAGGUGAACAUCUCUAUCUUGGGUGGGUUUCAAGUGCCAAAGGGCUGAGCUUCCCGUGCCUCACUCUGUCCUUCCUCCAAUUCUUGUAGCUACAUAAUUUAUUGCUUCAUAGACACCCUUCCCCAUGAACACUAAAUUAUUGACGUCUGUCUACGAAUCAUCGAAGAAAAUCAAAUAAAAAGAAAGGAUA